AUGACGGCAAAACAGAGAAAUGCCCUUGAUGCUGCGUUUUUGGGUUUGGCAGUGACGGUGACGAUGGUGGUAAAUGGAGAAGCAGGUUCCGCACUCAGCUCGUCCUCAUUAAAGAUGCAGCCACCUGCUUCCAAUCAUCCUCCGGAAAAGGACGAAGCGGCCCCUGAGGCAGAGAGGCUCCUGAAGGUGGAAGCUGAACCACCUCAGGGUGGUCGGGAGAACAGCGACUCCGACGGCGCCCCCUGGAAACUUCCAGCAACCGGACCUCUCAGCGGCGGGGAGAAGCCCGACACAUACCUCCCAGAGGGGCAGUCCCCCGGCUGCGGGGCCUCUGCUCGGCUCCCCCUGGCAAGCCUGUCGAAGAAGCACUGUCAGAACCAGGGGAACCUUCUCCACUUUGACCGGCAAGCCCCGGGCCGCGUGUCCACCUCGCCCACUUUGAGGAGGUUGAGGGGCCACGGCUGCGGGAGCGUGCGCGGGGGUGCGCACGGCUCUGCGCAUGCGCCGCCUCAGCCUGCGGCCUCGGACGUGCCCACCCGCGGCGGCUGGACGGAGCCCCCCGGCUCCCCGCGUCGCCUUUCCAACAGGCUGUCUGAAAACCCAGGGGUGUCGUCGCACUCCCUGUGGCCCCUGAGACCCUACUCAAGAUCUCCUCCGGACCCUGAAAGGGUCCUCGACGCAGCCGACUCGUUUGAGCUCCAGAUGGGGCCCAGUGGUGUGCGUGCCCUCCCCGUGCUUCAGCCCCUCGAGGACGGGUCGCUUCCUCAGGCCUCCCUUCCACGGAGAGGAGGCCACCCAGCACCCAGCCGCGUCCCGCGGCCCUCCCGGCCUCAGAGAGAAGAAUUGCAUCAAUCCAGGUUCUAUGAGCACAGGAGGAGUUCUGUGGUGCUCAACUUACCUGGACUUGAAGUGUUCCCAGGGGACCUUCUGGUGUCUGAUGGAGCUGCCGAUUACCUGUGCCACCCGCUUCUGCUGCUGAAUUCAGAAUCCAAGAAGCCAAGAUGGCCUUUCUCCAAGAGGGGAGUGGGCAAAGACAAACACAAGCACAUAUCUGAUCUGGAAGACUGCCUCUCCUCUUUGAAGAUUACAGACUUCAGGGACUAUGAGUUUCACAGCCUGAAGGAUAAGACCUGGAAUGAAGUCGUGGAAACACAUCAGAAACUUCCUACAAAUCAAUUAGACUUGAGAAAGCAGCAAGAGGCUGUGUGGGAACUCUUCACGAGUGAAUGCACUUACUUCUUAGACCAUUUAUUAGUUCUUAAGAUGAUCUUCAUGAAUACAUUAAAAUAUCUACAGACUCAUGAAUAUUUCCUGGAUGUGGAUUUAUGGAGACUUUUUGCAAACCUGGAGGAGUUAAGUCAGACAAGCUUUGGUUUUGUGAACGGUCUUUUCCACAUCUUCAAGGACUACGUUGAUGCUUCUGAGACUUCACCGUCGUUGGAUUUCAUUUCCGUGCUCACAAAGUAUUUCCAAGGGAGCCUGUGUCAGAGCCACCAGACCUACUGCCUGAAUUACUCAGCUGCUGUCUUUUAUCUUGAGAGCCUGAGGCAGAGAGAUGACUUUGGAAUUUAUUUGAAAUGGUGUGAGCAAAAUGAACAGUGCAGACGCCUCCACCUGCCUGAGCUGCUAGUGGCCCCACUACACAGGCUGACUCGAUAUCCCUUGUUGCUGAAGAAUAUCUGGAAAAGGAGUACAGACUCUACGGAGAAAAUCAUGAUCUACUCCAUCAAGGAAAAGGUGGAAAAGUCAAUCCGGGAUCUUGAAGGAAAAGUGAAGUGGCUUGACAAUUUUCAAAAAUGCAGACAUCUACAGGAGAUUAUAGUGUGGCCUCCACUUUGGGAUAGAGAUAAAAGGUUUUUCAUUCCAGAGUGCCUGAAACACAUUUUUAAAGAACACAUGGCAGAAAACAUCCUGUUGCCAACCAACAGGCACCUUCUCUAUGAAGGCAGAUUAACUCUAGCAGAAAGCACAAGAUUCGUAGAUGUUUAUCUGUUUCUCUUUGAUGAUUUCCUCUUAGUUACGAAAACUAAGCGCAACAAAAAGAAACUUGGAGGCUCAGAGCCUGGUUUAAUGUGUCCUUCACUUACUCCUGAGCUGCAGACGGUAAUCAAAGAAGGCGGUUCAUGUACGGUGCUCGAUCAGCCCAUUCCACUAGACAGAUUGGUUGUCAGAGGUCUCGAUCCACUCCACAUGUCAGUCUUUGGGCUGAGAAAUGCUUUCCUCAUACAACAUGAAAACAGAUAUCGACAGUGUAUAGCAGCAUUCUUAUUACAAGCCCAAACAGAAAACAUCAAGAAAACAUGGAUGGCACAAAUAACAGCAGCAAUUUCUUGCUUCACCAAGAGUCAGGAAACCAAGAAAAUGUCCUCAUUCACUUUGCCUGCAGAAUCUUCAGAAAUUUAG